CGGCAACCUCAGAUCAUCUUGCCCUUUUCCUCUUUGAGACAGAGAGACAGAGAGAGAGCAAGUUAUCGUGCUAAAGGAAUCAAGCGCAUCAAUACUGGAUAUUUCAUCUAAAAGAUUAAAAAACUGAUUAAUUGGCUUUAAUUUGUGCUGUAUGAAUAAGAAAACAGCACUAUGAGUACAUCAGAAGACAGCAGCCCCACAUUCUUCCUGGAGACCGAUGACCUGACAGACGAAGAAAGGUCAAAGUUCAAACAGGUGAAGAAAGGCACCUCAAAGGACAAGAGACCCAUGGAUUCUGAUUACCUGGAGGAGACAGAUGAUUCUGCACACACAAUUAAAUUUAACCUAAACUUUGACGGGGGAAUCAGAAAUGUGAAAGAGGAACCAGCUCAGCAGGACAGAGAGAGGUUUACACUCAAGAGGCUGUUUGAUGCCGUGUCCAGUGGGAAUGUGUCUAAACUGCAGGGUUUACACGAGUACCUGCACAAAAACAUGAAACGGCUCACCGACUCUGAGUAUAAGUCCAAUGGAAAGACAGCUCUGCUGAAAGCACUUUUAAAUUUGAAGGAAGGCGAGAAUGACACUAUUGAACUUCUGCUGGAAAUUGCAGAGAAAACGGGAGGUUUAAAAAGUUUAGUCAAUGCUGCCUACACAGACAUUUACUACAAAGGUCAGACAGCUCUCCAUGUUGCAAUUGAAAGGAGGAGCGCAAAAUUUGUAAAGAUGCUUGUUGAAAAAGGGGCUGAUGUCCAUGCUAAGGCCUGUGGGAAAUUCUUUCAGCCCAAUCAAGAAGCAUGCUUCUAUUUUGGUGAGCUGCCCUUGUCUCUGGCCGCUUGCACUAAUCAGCCGGACAUCGUUGACUUCCUUAUGGACAAUCCUUACAAGAGGGUGGAUGUCGGGAACAGGGACUCUCAUGGAAACACAGUGCUUCACGCACUAGUAUCCAUAGCUGAUAACAGUCCUGAAAACACAGAGUUCGUCAUUGCCAUGUAUGACCACAUCUUAUUGAAAGCCAACCAACUUCACCCAGAGAUCAAGCUGGAGGAAAUCAAAAAUAACAAAGGACUCACUCCACUCACACUAGCUGCCAAGACAGGAAAAGUGGUGCUGUUAAAGCACAUCGUGCAGCGGGAGUUUAAGGGGUGCAAACAUCUGUCACGGAAGAUCACGGAGUGGGCCUAUGGUCCAGUGUGCUCGUCUCUGUAUGACCUCUCCUCUCUCGACACCUAUGAGAAGAACUCUGCGCUGGAGAUAAUCGUUUAUGGCAGUGAGAUUCCUAAUCGCCUCGAGAUGCUCAAUAUUGAGCCAUUUAACAGGCUAAUUGAAGAGAAGUGGGAGAGAUUUGCAAAACGGAUGUUCUUGUUCAGCUUCAUCGUUUAUGUUAUCUACCUUUUCAUCUUUACUGCAGUAGCUUAUAACCGCGAAGAAGAGAAGGACUUUAGCAACAAAACAUUAAAGUCUUCAUUGCGUUAUAAAAAUAAUAGCAAAGGCUACCUGCUUCUGAUAGGACAGAUCAUAACUACCAUUGGAGCACUUUACUUCUUAAUUAAAGGGUUAAUAGAUAUGUUAAGGAAGCGUCCAGGAUUUCAGUCCCUGUUCAUAGAUGGAUACACCGAUCAGCUUUUUUUUCUGCAGGCCGUGCUCUUUCUGGCGUGUGCACUAUUGUACUUCUUUGGUCAGGAUGAAUAUGUGGCCUGUCUAGUUCUGUGUCUUGCCUUGAGCUGGGUAAAUCUACUCUACUUCUCCAGAGGGUCCAAAAAUAUGGGAAUCUACAAUGUCAUGAUACAAAAGAUGGUUCUUGGAGAAAUUCGUCGAUUCCUUGUCGUGUACAUGGUCUUCCUCAUUGGGUUCUCUACAGCCGUGGUAACUCUCCUUGAUGAGGGACCUAUCAGUGCACAAUCUAGUUCUGAAGGACACUGUACGAAGCCCUCAUUCAAGAGCAUCUACUACACCACUCUGGAGUUAUUCAAGUUUACGAUAGGCAUGGGAGAUCUGGAGUUCACCGAUCAGUUUCAGUAUAUAGAGGUCUUCUAUGUGCUGCUAAUAUUGUAUAUAGUGAUGACUUACAUUUUGAUGCUGAACAUGCUGAUCGCUCUGAUGAAUCAAAGAGUGGAGGAGAUGUCUGUAGAGAGCACCAGCAUCUGGAAACUACAGCGUGCAAUCACCACCUUGGACAUGGAGUGGAUUCUUCCCCGCUGUCUGAAGACAAAGCUGCGCUCCGGGGAAGAGAAGGAUCUAGGCGGGGAGCAGGAGCCUGAUCGACGCUGGUGCUUCAGUGUGGAGGAAGUCAACUGGAACGUGUGGAACAGAAACCUUGGUGUAGUUACCGAGGAUCCUGGGAAAUGUAUACCUGUACCAUCCCCAACUAAACUUCAGAGAGAGCUGAGCCGGCGUGGACUUCUGCAAACAUUCAGUAAACGCUGGACACAGAGAACACAACGCAGAGAUGUACAGGAGCUGAGUCCUCUAGCUGAGGCCUCUAGCUCCGUAUAAUAAUGCCUUUAUAAUCUGUUAUCUAUUGCAAUGUAUUUUGCAAUUCCCUUUAAGUCCAACUGGUGUAAGAAAAAUGGCAUAUUAUGACUGGUUAAAACGUGAAAAAUAAAUAAAUUAAUAAUUAAAUAAAUAAAGAUUUGAGACAUAUAAUGGUGAUGUAAAAAUGUGCAGGAUAAUGAGAAUGACCCUUUAAUAAUAAUAGCGUAAUAAUAAUAACUUUUAUUUAUAGGCAUCUUUCACGGCUCUCAAGGACACCAAAAGUUGAUAAAAUACAAACAAUACAAAACAAAGACAAACAAAUCAAAUCAAAUAAUCAAAUCACCUAAAAGCUAUUCUAAACAAAUACGUUUUUUAUAUCUUUUGACUGUUGGAACAGGUAUAAGACUAUUAUAACAGCAGCAUACAAAAUGUCUCGUUGCAUCCUUCAGUAAACCAAGGUUACUUAUGUAACUGAAGACAUUCCCCAUCAAGUUCAGUCUCUCCACAUUGCUUAGCUCAUGCUUUGGGGAAUGUGUACAAUCCUGCUGUAUUGUACUAUUCCUCAUACCUGGUGAGAAGAGCCAACUUAACCUGGCUUGAUAAAACCAAGCAUGUUGACUGCUUUACAUGGCACUCAGAGGAGAACAAAUGCCCUCCAGCUCAAGCAGAGCUUGACUAAGCACAGAAAGCAACACAAGAAUCAACACAAAAUCCUCAUCACUCCAAUAAAAUAUAUUUAACAGCACACUUACCACAGUCAGCAACAGCUCGAGUACACGUAGAGAGCUGCUGACUAUUAGUGUGUUUGGUAUGCCUUGGGUCCAUUGGACCUAACCAAAACCAUCCUGCUCACAGGGAGGGGACGUGGCUAGGUGCAGGUAACCAAUACAAGAGCUGUAGAAACCUCACUGCACAAACACAAUAAGUGCUGUGAAUGAUGAGAUCUCAAGGUUGUAAAAUCUGGCAAAGGUGUCCUAUCUUUUGCCCAAGCCCAGGAUUUAGCCACCUUUCUUGUGGAGUGGGCGUGGACAUCCCAUGGACCGGACUCAUUCAUAGAAGCAUACGCAAUCGAUUCCUAAAUCCAAUGUGACAGCCACUGUUUCGAUACUGACAGUUCUUUAGUACGGUCCCCAAAACUUAAAAACUGCUGCUAUGCUAGUAUGAAAUAACUAGUACUCUCCAGAUAAAAUCGCAGAGGGCAAAGUGGAUGCGGUGCUGACUCAGAAGUCUGGGGAGCAAACGCUUGCAGCAUACAUGCGUUCUUAAUGAAUUAGAAAGCACUUAGAGUUAAGACACAUAUCCCUGCAUGGGCUGCAGUCUAACAUACAGCCAUUCUUACUGAACUUCAUACAUACAGUCAGUGGCCACUCCAGACAAUUUUGAUUGGGGGGUCAAUGGGGUG